AUGAGACGAGUGCAUUUUCGGAAACUUGAUUCACAUAGGAUUCCAGUACUACAGUUAUAUAAAAGUAUACUUAGAAAUACCCUACAUCUCACAUUACCCCAAAAUGAUGUUCACACGCUACGUACCGAAAUUACCGAACAGUUUAAGGCUGGUCGCAAUUCCAUGGCCAUCAUAAAGACAAAGUAUUUACUCCAAAUGGCUCAGGUUUGGAGUACGCACAUUUACAAUGCUGUCCGAGACCCAAAAUCAGAAUCAUUGAAUUGGAUCAAAGCUCGCAUGAUUGAGCAGAAGCAACAGCGCGAAUAUGAGUGCCGAAUCCAACAGGACAAGAACAUUACCAAGCCAACACGGCCGACAGGAGAGGCACUGGUAAAUGUCCAACGGAGAAGUACAUACACCGUGUUCCGACACCGAAUGUUACGGUCAUACCAAAAAUCAGGUCGUAUUUCGGCGAAAUCGGAGCUCGAUGAAACAUAUCUUAAUUCGGUGUUAAUUCCAGAGUUUAUGGAGCGCAAGGCUGAGCAAAAACUACAACGAAGGCGCGCAAUCGAAACAGGAUCACCCCAAAGUGCAAGGAUAGUGUAUAUACCAACGCCUAUAGGAACUUUUUACUUUCUGCGAUAUCCACCUAAAAAGAUGAAGCGCAACCUGGCGUCUCUUAUCCAUAACCACAUUCACACCAAUAAAAUGGCUCAGAUAGACCAGCUUAAGGGCCUAAUAAAGCUUGCAGAAUAUGAGGCACAAUGGGAGUAUGAUUUGGAACAAGGGUCAUCUGGUGGCCAACAACAGCUCGAUGCUUUAAAGCGUGAAUGGCUGGCUCCAAUCUCCGCAUCAAUUAAAGGCAUCAACUCUUCAGUUUGGAAGCGAGGGCACAAGAAUGAAAUCUAUCUAAGCACGUUGCUAAUGCGUAAAAAACAAAAGGAUCGCAUAUAUCAAGGAAUUCACGAGCGCAAACUUAAAAAGUGGAAGCAGUACGACCAGGAAAGAGAAAAGGACCCUCUUCGGUUUUUGAUGCACUACAAUGUACGCAAUGCCAUGUAA